UCCUUUCAACUCCUGGCAUCAACUUAGACAGCAGGCAACAUGCGUUUCACAUUGAUCCUCAUCGUCUGCUUGGCUGCCUUCUACAAAGGAGAAACAGUGGACCACGGUGGUAGUGAUACCAAAUGCCCCAUCAAUAUCAAGGUUCUUAACGCGGUCAAUGGAACCCCAGCAGCAAAUCUUCGUUUGCAAAUAUACCGACAAAAUGCGGACCUCAGUUGGCAACAGCUCAAUACCGGAAUUACAGCAAUUAAUGGAGAAGCUCACAAUCUUACCACGGAGGCAGAUUUUAUUCCAGGAAUGUAUAAGGUCCACUUCAACACUGCUGAUUAUUGGAGGAACUUGGGAUACACCCCCUUUCAUGAAUGUGUCAAUGUCCUUUGGUUCUCUGACCCUUUUCCUUGGGUUCUUACUUCUUCACAGGAGGCACCGAGUGACUGGUUCACAAACUGUGAAGUCUCAGAGUUCUUGGUUGUAAGCAACAGCUAA